GAGCCAGGAUCUCCACUGCAGCUUUUUGGAGCAAGCUCCUCAAAUCGAAUUCACACUCUGAGGACCCAGGGAGAAAGGACCUCGCAAAAGUUGCGACUAUUCCCCGAGCCAUGGACUCGGACGCCAGCCUGGUGUCCAGCCGCCCGUCGUCGCCAGAGCCCGAUGACCUUUUUCUGCCGGCCCGGAGCAAGGGCAGUAGCGGCAGCGGCUUCACAGGCGGCACAGUGUCCUCGUCCACACCGAGCGACUGCCCUCCAGAGCUGAGCGCCGAGCUGCGCGGAGCCAUGGGCGCGGCGGGCGCGCACCCCGGGGACAAGCUGGGCGGCAGUGGCUUCAAGUCAUCCUCGUCCAGUACUUCAUCGUCCACGUCUUCAGCGGCUACGUCGUCCACCAAGAAGGACAAGAAACAGAUGACUGAGCCGGAGCUGCAGCAGCUGCGCCUCAAGAUCAACAGCCGCGAGCGCAAGCGUAUGCACGACCUCAACAUCGCCAUGGACGGCCUGCGCGAGGUCAUGCCUUAUGCGCACGGCCCGUCGGUGCGCAAGCUCUCCAAGAUCGCCACGCUGCUCCUGGCGCGCAACUACAUCCUCAUGCUUACCAACUCUUUGGAGGAGAUGAAGCGACUGGUGAGCGAGAUCUACGGAGGCCACCACGCCGGCUUCCAUCCUUCGGCCUGCGGCGGUCUGGCGCACUCUGCACCGCUGCCCGCGGCCACCGCUCACCCGGCGGCCGCCGCUCACGCAGCGCACCAUCCGGCAGUGCAUCACCCCAUUCUGCCUCCCGCCGCAGCCGCCGCAGCUGCCGCCGCCGCCGCCGCGGCGGUGUCCAGCGCCUCUCUGCCGGGCUCCGGGCUGUCGUCUGUCGGCUCCAUCCGGCCUCCGCACGGCUUGCUCAAGUCUCCGUCAGCGGCCACGGCCGCCCCGCUCGGGGGCGGGGGAGGCGGCAGCGGAGGCAGCGGUGGCUUCCAACACUGGGGAGGCAUGCCCUGCCCCUGCAGCAUGUGCCAGGUGCCACCACCACACCACCAUGUGUCGGCUAUGGGCGCCGGCAGCCUGCCGCGCCUCACCUCCGACGCCAAGUGA